UUUCUGGGUUUGUCCGAGCUAAAAUAUAUAUAUAUAUAUAUAUAUAUAUAUUAUGAAGAAAGUCACUUGAUCCGCAUUGAGGUCGAGGGCGUCCUCCACCUCCCCGGCACCCCACCCGUCAAGCUUGAUUCCCAGGAUCUCCUCCAGAUCGGCGACAAGAAGUUCUAUUUCCUCCUCCCCGUAAGGAGCAUUCUCGGCUGUACCCUCGGGCCAAGGCACCACGUGGCACCCCCUCCGGCACCGGUGCCAGUAAUGCCGCCGCCGUACGGGUACCAGCUCGUGGGGACCAGCGGCAGCUCAGGGGGGAAGAAAGGGAGGGGGAGGGAGUAUUACAUGGAGGAGUAUGAGGAGGACGACGAUGGCAUUGGUGGUGGAGGCGGUGGCGGCAGUGGUGGCGGCGCCGUGAAGAAACUGAGGAGGGAAGGAUUUGAUGGCUAUGGUUACGGUGGCGGAGCUGGGAUAGGCGGAAAAACGGGAGUAGCGCACUCAUCGGAGAAAAAGGGAGAUGGACAAUCGAGAGUCGACAGGGAAGCCGACAAUCAGCAGCUUUUGCAGUUGGAGGAGAAGGAUGUGGUCUCAUCUGUGGCAACAGUGCUCUCCGACGUCUGUGGCCCCAGGGAGUGGAUGCCUAUGGAUAAACUUCAUGCUGAGCUGGUGGAGAACUACAGUAAUGUCUGGCACCACAGUCGGGUGAGGAGAUACCUGACCUCCGAGGAAUGGCCGGGCCUCGAAUCCCUGGGUAAACCCUGGUAUGGUCUGCUCAUGCUGCUGAGGAAGAACCCCGAGCAUUUUGUCAUCAACACCCGGUCUAAGGGUCGGGUCACUCAGGAGUUUGUAUCUCUCGUUUCUCUCCUUUCCUGAAAUGUUCCAAACAAGUCUUGUCCGUGUUAGGUAACGUUCAAAUAUGUUACCCGUUUUCAUUCCAUCUGGCCGGAAUCUGGUGCUAUUAGCCCAUAGAUUGUAAAUUAGCCGUGAGAAUGUUCUAUGUUGUAUUUCAGAGAGAUUUUGUGAACCUGUCUGUAAAUGUUAAACAGGUUUGUAACAUCUAUUCAUGUGAACCGCAUUCUAGUCAUACUUGAUAUUUGAAA